AUGCAGUGUGGACAGGAGGAAUUUGAAUCAGAACUUUUGUCUGAACAAUUAGUUUCAGAGAGCUGCACAACAGACUGGCCAAAGCCGGAAGCCGCCAGCCGAGCUGCUGUGGGACUCAUCCACCAGAAGAAAGGUGGCUUUCUACUGAAUACCAGUCGGCCCUACAAAACAAAGCCUACCCAUGGCAUCGGAAGAUACAAGCAUCUACUUAUGGCACAAGAGCUCAAAAAGAAGAGAGGAAAAGUGGAAGUGAGACCCAUUAACUUGGGGACAGACUAUGAGUAUGGUGUUGUGAACAUUCAUCUGACCGCAUAUGACAUGGCCCUGGCAGAGAAUUAUGCCCAAUAUAUUCACAACUUCUGCAAUGAUCUCUCCAUUAAAGUUGAAGAAAGUUAUGCAUUGCCCACAAAAACCAUGGAGGUGUUGAGGCUGCAAGACCAAGGAAACAAAAUGUUCCUAGACUCAGUCCUUUCCACCCAUGAGCGAGUUGUUCAGAUCAGUGGUUUGAGUGCUACGUUUGCAGAGAUUUUCUUGGAAAUAAUACGAAGCAAUCUUCCUGAAGGAGUCAAACUCUUAAUAAAGGAGCACACUGAAGAAGACUUCAAGGGAAGAUUCAAAGCUCGACCAGAACUGGAAGAACUGUUGGCCAAGUUGAACUAG